AUGGCGACAGAAAACGGAGCAGUGGAGCUGGGACUCCAGAGCCCACCAACAGACGAGACACCUAAAGGUACAGCAGGUGAAGGACCUCCGGCUACAGAGAAAGAGUCUGGCCCACCCGAUCCAAAGAAAGAGCCUGAUCCACCCACCACGAAGAAAGACGACAAAGCCGCUGCCCUAAAGAAAGAGGAUGGUGCGGUGGGCCAACCCUCAAGCAGCAGCCCGGGCCCUGAGGGAGAAGGCAACCUGGGUGCGGGGCCUGCGGAGGGCAGUGCUGGGCAGCCGGCAGCCCUGCCCCAGCAGACGGCGACAGUCGAGGCCAGCGUCAAGAAGCCCGAUGCCAAGCAGGAGGGCCCCGGAGAGCCCAAGGUACACAAGAAGGCAGUGGAGGGCCAAGCAGGGGCCAGGAGGGGCUCGCCCGCUUUUCUGCACAGCCCCAGCUGCCCUGCCGUCGUCUCCAGGCCUGAGGAUCUGCCCGCUAAGAAGCCCCUGAGUGAUGCAUCGGAGCUCAUCUUUGAAGGGGUGCCUGUGACCCCCGGCCCCACGGAUCCCGGGCCAGCCAAGGUAGCAGAAGGAGGGAAGAACGUCCUGGCAGACAGCCAGAAGGAAGCAGGAGAGAAGGCUCCAGGCCAGGCUGGCCAGGCUAAGGUGCAAGGGGACACCUCGAGGGGGAUCGAGUUCCAGGCUGUUCCCUCGGAGAAAUCGGAGGUGGGGCAGGCCCUCUGUCUCACAGCCAGGGAGGAGGACUGCUUCCAGAUUUUGGAUGACUGUCCGCCUCCCCCAGCCCCCUUUCCCCACCGCAUCGUGGAGCUGAGACCUGGGAAUGUCAACAGUCAAUUCAGCCUGAACUCCAAGGAGGCUCUGGGCGGCGGCAAGUUUGGAGCAGUCUGUACCUGCACAGAGAAAGCCACAGGCCUCAAGUUGGCAGCCAAGGUCAUCAAGAAGCAGACACCCAAAGACAAGGAAAUGGUGAUGCUCGAGAUCGAGGUGAUGAACCAGCUAAACCACCGCAACCUGAUUCAGCUGUACGCGGCCAUCGAGACGUCGCACGAGAUAGUCCUGUUCAUGGAGUACAUCGAGGGCGGCGAGCUCUUCGAAAGGAUCGUGGAUGAGGACUAUCAUCUGACCGAGGUGGACACCAUGGUCUUUGUCAGGCAGAUCUGCGACGGCAUCCUCUUCAUGCACAAGAUGCGGGUCCUGCACCUGGACCUCAAGCCAGAGAACAUCCUGUGCGUCAACACCACGGGCCAUUUGGUGAAGAUCAUUGACUUUGGCCUGGCACGGAGGUAUAAUCCCAAUGAGAAGCUAAAGGUGAAUUUUGGGACCCCAGAGUUUCUGUCACCUGAGGUGGUGAAUUAUGACCAAAUCUCUGAUAAGACAGACAUGUGGAGUAUGGGGGUCAUCACCUAUAUGCUGCUGAGCGGCCUCUCCCCCUUCCUGGGAGACGAUGACACAGAGACCCUAAACAACGUUCUCUCUGCCAACUGGUACUUUGAUGAGGAAACCUUUGAGGCCGUGUCCGAUGAGGCCAAAGACUUUGUCUCCAACCUCAUUGUCAAGGACCAGAGGGCCCGGAUGAGCGCUGCCCAGUGCCUCGCCCACCCCUGGCUCAACAAUCUGGCAGAGAAAGCCAAGCGCUGUAACCGACGCCUUAAGUCCCAGAUCUUGCUUAAGAAAUACCUCAUGAAGAGGCGCUGGAAGAAAAACUUCAUUGCUGUCAGUGCUGCGAACCGCUUCAAGAAGAUCAGCAGCUCGGGAGCACUCAUGGCUCUGGGGGUCUGAGCCCCAGGAG